UCGCUGGCUCUUUCCUUCAACAAAAUGGUGGACAAGAUGGCGGCAUUUUUUCCUCGUGGUAAAAUUUCACACCAGAUUUUCUCCGUCCUUAGACGCCGCUUGUCCACAGUCGCUGCAGCAGAAAAACCGACCACAACUCAAAAAGGUAUCCCAUUCAUAGUUCCUCGCCAUACCAUUAAAAAAGCUUUAAUUGUACAUCCUAAAUCAAGAGCUUUUCAGCCCAGCCUCAAACAUCAGUGGCUCACCAAGACAAUCCUCAACCAAGGUCUACCAGAAUCGUGCCUUGAAAAUUCCAAUCUUUUUCCUGAAGAGAUUCAGAAAUCAGUAGAUAUAUUCCAAAGCUCUCUGAUUCAACAACUUGGUUUCCAAAAAGAACUUAAAAAGCACAAGACAAAUUUUGAAGAAGAAGUCAAACUUGGGAUAUUUCAGGAUAUUCUAAGAAUAUGUUGGGGAUUUUCGAAUAAAUGUUCUAGACUUCGUGAAAGCUUUUUAGAUGUAAGCCCUAAAAUCCAUACUCAUUGGGUAAGAGGGCAUGAGUUUUGCCAGUUGGUUUAUCAUCCCGACUUGGUAUUGUGGACAAAUGAACCUAAUGUUAUUUACAAAAAAGAUAUUGAGUCUACAAUAGAAACAUCACUUCCAGGGCCUUAUGAUUCUUAUAGCCAAGGCCUUUUCCAGCAUCCUAUAGUCCAUCUACGCAACUUCCCAGGAUUUCAGCCUGGAAGAAACAACCCUUUCCCACACAGCCACACUAUAUUUCUUUCUGAAGUAAGCAACCAAACAAUCGACCAAAUCCAUGCAUAUGGAAUCAUGAAUAUGUUUGGUGUUCUUGUGUCAAAAGCAAUCAGUGAUGGGAAUUUUGUGGGACAGCAUCUAGGAACUCCAUUGACGACACAAUGUGUUAUCACAAAUGGUACAGAAGUAGUCCUCAUGUGUUAUCAAUUGAAUACAUUAUCACUACAAGAAGAUCAUGGAAUCAAAAACCUUGCCUGGUCAAGUGAGAAAAUGAACUUUUUUACGAGUCCAGAAAAAAAUGACAGUGAGGAUAGAAGUAUAAAGCUUUAUGGUAGUUUUGAUACAAGAAAAGAUUGUCCCACUAUUAAUGAAAAAUGUAUUCAAAACCUGUUGGCAUUUAUUUGUAACUAAGACAUGAUGGUUAUGUAACUGUGCAUUUAGGCUGAUUUAAAUGGUUAUUGAAUUGUAUAGGUCCUUGUUUAAUAAAAAAUUGAAGAUUUA